CAUUCAAAUUCGUGCAGCGCGUAUUGUGUCGCGCACAGAGAGGAUGGCCAGCUUUGCGCACAACAACCCGCACCCGAUUGUGGCAGAGACAGGGAUUGGCCGUCACCACGAUGAUGGAGCAGGGUCAUGGGCGAACAAGCCAUCUGGUGCAAAGGGUGCACGUCCUCAAUACCAGCCGUACGCCCAGGUCUACUCGGCUGGCACGCAUACCCCGUCAUCGCCGUAUACUGAUGUGAAGCUCUUCACCCUGGAAGGCGAUGGUGGGCGUGGGGGCUCAAGUACGGUCGACGAAAAGCAAGGACGGGGUUGCGGGCUCAAGGCUCUCCUGGUUGUCUUGCUCGUGGUCAUUGUCGCCGCGGCUGUGAGUGUGCCAGUAGCCGUGACGAGCACAGCGGCUGGUGCCAGCAAGAGCCGCGGCCAGAGCGCUUCAAACGUCACCACAACAGCAGCUGUUGUGACAAGCGCAGGCACGACAGUUCAUCCAGCAACGACUGUGACAACGGCCAAUAUCACCACCAGCACCGCCUCUACGACCCCACCGACAACAUCAAGUACUACAACGACUACUACAACGACUACUACAACCACUACAACCACUACAACAACAACAACGACUACCACAACCACAACAACCACUACCACAACAACCACUACCACAACAACCACUACCACAACAACAACCACUACCACAACAACAACCACUACCACUACCACGACGACAACCACUACAACAACCACUACGACCACUACAACAACCACUACGACCACGACUUCAACAACAACAACAAGCACAACAACAACCACAACCACUACCACGACGACAACCACAACAACAACAACAUCCACAACCACAACGACCACGCUCUCCCCUGACAUCUUGGACUGUGAUAACCCGAACUCGCGCCUCUAUUUUGCGACUCAAGCCAUGACCACUGCAGCUGCUGUUGUGAACUGCUGCUGUGACGAGUUCUACGCGUUGGAGAGCGUGAAUGGAUCGGUGACGCUGCGCAACACGGAGACAUCCUUGCAGUUUGGGUCCGUGGUGCAUGUUGGCGGGGACAUUUCAGGUGUUAGUGGCGGCGCACUUGAGUCUGUUGACUUUGGGCAGGUGACAACUGUUGGUGGUGAUGUUGCUAUUCACUACACCAACCCUGUUAGCGCCAUUGCGUUCGGCUCGCUGCGCGAUGUCGGCGGCACCGUUAGCUUGGCAGGCACAAGCUUCAGUGUUGCCCAAGGAGGGGUGACUGGGAAUGUGCUGAUUUCGGCGCAGACACUGGAGAGCAUCGACUUUGGCGGCAUCACCGGUGUCAGCGGUUACGUCAGGUUCACCUCCAACGCUGCCCUGACCAGCAUCAACUUUGGCAAGAUCACCAGUGUGGGUGCCUACGUGGAGUUUUUGCGCAACGAUGCCCUCACCAGCGUUGACUUUGGCAGCAUCGCCGGCAUUGGCGUCACUGGUGGCAGUUUUGGCGGGUACAUUAAGUUCUUUUCCAACGAUGCCCUCACCAGCAUCGACUUUGGCAGCAUCACCAACGUGGUCACGUACAUUGAACUCAAUUCGAAUGCUGCGCUCACCAGCAUCAACUUUGGCAGCAUUACGAGCGUGGGCACCUACAUCAGAUGCGUCGUCAAUAGCGCCCUUGUUGCCGUUGACUUUGGCAGCAUUGCCAGCGUGGGUGCAGACAUUGACAUCAGCACCAACGCUGCCCUCACCAGCAUCAGCUUUGGAAGCAUCACCAGCAUCGGCGGUUACACCAAGUUCACCUCCAACGCUGCUCUCACCAGCAUCAACUUUGCCAACGUUGCCAGCGUGAAUGGGUACAUGAGCUUCACUUCCAACGCUGCCCUGGCCAAUGUCGACUUCAGCGGCAUCACCAGCGUGGGUGGUUUCGUGUCGUUCCUCUACAGCGACGCCCUGGCCAAUGUGAACUUCAACAGCGUCACCAGCGUGGGUGAGCACGUGUACUUCUUCACCAACAACGCCCUCACCAGCAUCAACUUUGGCAGCAUCACCAGCGUGGGCACCUACGUCUGGCUCUAUUCCAACGCCGCGCUCACCAGCGUUGACUUUGGUGGCAUGGGAAGCGUGGGGACGUACGUUGAGUUCAAGAGCAACCCCGCCCUAACCAGCAUUGAUUUCCGCAGCCUGGGCAGCAUCACCCAAGAUCUGAGACUCUUGUUCAACCACGCCCUCACGAGCUUCAGCAUUAGCAGCGUACUCAGACUGGGCAGACUGGUGCGCUUUGAGUCGAACAAUGCCCUCACCCACAUUGACUUCGGCAGCACCAUCAGCGUGGGCAACUCCAUGCUUUUUAAGAACAACCAGGCACUGACCUCUGUGGACUUUGGCAGCAUUACCCGUGCGGAGAGCGGCAUCAAGUUUGAGAACAACGACGCGCUGACGAUCGUGGACUUUGGCAGCAUCACCUUUGUUGGCUUCACCAUCGACUUUAAGGACAACGGCGCCAUCACCAGCAUUGACUUUGGCAGCAUCAACAGCGUGGGUGGAAUGCUCUCCUUUACAAACAACGACCUCCUGACCACUGCCAACUGCCAUGGCCUCAACGCAAUGUGUGUGAACAACAACGAUGGCAUCACGCUCAUCGCCUGCCCAAUGGUGUGCUGA